UGCCUGGUGACCUAAUCCUCGCGAUACAGUCGCAAUUAGAGCCAAACUCCCCUCUUUCUUCUCCUCCCACACUCCUACCCGAAACCAUGGAGGGAGACGGAGGCACCUUUAUUUUCGCUUGAAUCUUCCAAAUCUGGUAUUUGCGUCUGAAAUCAGUCAAAUCCGGAUUUCUGAAAUCCGCGCGGCUUUAUUUUGUCCAAACUGACGGUCUGGCAGGAUUUAGGUCAAAUUCAGGUUAAAAUCUUGCCCUAAAUCUGUUACCAGUAAAUUGUUUGAAUAUCCAACACAAGAAUGCCGGAUUCGAAAGCAGAGCAAAUCAGCGGACAAGACAGCGCCAAGAUGGACGACGCGGGCGGUGCCGCCGCCGGAAGAGAGCUGGAGGCCGACGAGCCUCGAGAUGCGCGUGUCGUACGAGAGCUUUUGAGGUCGAUGGGGAUCACGGAGAGGCAUUAUGAGCCUCGGGUUUUGCAUCAGUUUCUCGAGCUAUGUUACCGGUACGUCGUGGACGUGCUCUCCGACGCUCAGGUCUACGCCGAACAUGCCGGGAAGACUAACAUCGACCCCGAUGACGUUCGCCUCGCGAUUCAAUCUAAGAUCAAUUUUUCCUUCUCGCAGCCCCCAUCCCGCGAGGUUCUUCUUGAACUGGCUCGCAACCGAAACAAGACACCAUUGCCCAAGACAAUUGCACCGCCGGGUUCGAUCCCACUUCCACCUGAGCAGGACACCCUCGUCACCCCCAAUUAUCAACUGUUAAUUCCUAGAAAGCAACCUGCACAGAUUGAAGAGACUGAGGAUGAAGAUGGUCCGAAUCCCAACCCUAACCCUAGCCCUAACCCUAACCCUAACCCCAGCUUGUCUGUUGAACAAAGGACAGAUGCUGAGCAGCAGCAAAUGCAAGCGGUUCCUCAGAGAGUUUCAUUCCCUCUUGCCUCUUCUGCUGCUGCGCCUGCAGCUAAGCGUCAGAGGGUUUGAGCUAUGGUACCUGUGUUUGUUUUUACUGGACAUAAUUCGGGUCAUGAUAUCUUAAUUUUGGAUGUAUGUCUUUAUUUGUAAUGACUAAAAAUUUGAUUAUUACAUCAUUUCUUUUUUUCCUUUUUAA